AUGAGGCUCCAUCUCUCUGGGCUGCUCUUCCUCCUAGUGAUUUCAUUGGAUUCAGGGAAUGGUCUGGUUGGAAAUGAUGGAAUAUUAGUUCGUGCCUGCACGGUAGCUGGUGGCAAAUGUUUCUUUGGUUGUAAACAAGGAUGGCAAUGGAUAAUGUAUUGUUUCAGCAUAUUUUCUUGUUGCAAAGAAUUGAAAAGAGAAGUCAAACCCCCCCAGGCCUUUGAGUUCGAUUAA